UAGAAGGCUCAUAAAUAUACCAAACUCUUACAUUCCAUUUACAGUCCGAAUUUGUCUUUUCCUGCUUUCUGUAAAUACACUACCAAGAUAUUAAUAAACAGUCAUUGUUGUUUGCAUUUCAAAAUUAUCACUAACAAACGGAAAUGGUACAGUCCAAUAUAACAGAAUUUUCCAUUCAAGGUUUCUCUGGUGUCUCAGAGCUCCGGGUGCCAGUGUAUCUACUCUUUCUAGUUGCCUAUUUACUCAUUAUUGGUGGGAAUCUCACCAUUGUUGCUAUCAUUUGGGCUUAUUCUCAUCUACAUACACCUAUGUAUAUAUUUUUAGUGAAUCUUAGCAUCCUUGAUAUUGCUUCCACUUCAUGUACUCUUCCUAAACUUUUAUCCAUACUAAGUACAAAACAAGAGACAAUUUCAUUUGCUGGCUGUAUAACCCAGCUGUAUUUUUUUUUAUCCUUAUCUUGUGCUGAGGCCAUUCUGCUGUCAAUUAUGGCUUAUGACCGAUAUGUAGCCAUCUGUAAUCCUCUCCGUUAUGUUGUUAUUAUGGAUUUAAGAUAUUGUGUUUGUCUGUCUAUAAUUGCAUGGAUUGUUGCUUUUUUAGACCUUUCUGGUCACGCUGUCCUUAUAUCCAGACUGAAGUUUUGUGCAUCCCGUAUCAUUAAUCACUUUUUCUGUGACCUUGUCCCAGUGUUAAAGAUGUCCUGCAGUGACACGUAUAGUGUGGAAUUGUUGACUUACAUUGAAGGAGCAAUACUUGGAAUGGCAACUUUCUUUUUUACUUUGGGAUCAUAUGCAUUCAUAAUUUCUACGAUCCUAAAGAUAAAAUCUUUACAAGGCCGGGGUAAAGCAUUUUCUACAUGUUCUGGUCACCUGAUCUGUGUCACUGUUUUUUACAGUACUCUACUUGGUUCAUAUAUGAGACCCAGAUCCAAUUAUUUACCAAAACAUGAUAAGUUCUUUGCUCUUCUUUAUAUUGUUUUGGUUCCUAUGCUUAACCCUGUCAUCUACAGUUUGAAAAAUGAGGAAGUUAAAAAAGUUCUUAAAAGUCUUCAAGAUGGGUUAAAGCGGGGGGAAUGCAACCUUGGCCCUCCAGCUUGUGAAAGGUGCUGGAUUUCCAACGCAGACUUGUGCCCUCCACCACGCUUAAAGCCUCUUGCUGGAAAAAUUGGAUCUCCAAUUACAGAGAUCAAACCAGCAUGA